GCGAUCUUAGCAUACGCAGCAAGCUGCUUGUAACAUCCACUCUAGAGGUUACCUUAGUACUCACUCAGAACCAAUCUGCUCUAACAACGAACCCCAAAUAUUUGCGACCGACACGUACAGUUCUCAAUGAUACAGCAUCCAUAUUUCUUAAUCUCGUGGUGAUCACUGGUGUCUACGGAUUACAGACCUCGUGGCUAGUAGCCAGAAAUGAGAUGGAUAUAAUAAAGACCUUAUUAUCAGCCUCAUUAUCAGCUAUUUUACCAGAGUGGUGGGUGCCAGUAAACCCUCCAGAAAAGCCCACGUCACUCUCUGCUUUUGCACAAGAAGUCUGCUCUCGACUUCAAUAUGAGAUUCAAAUAUUACCAAAGGAGCACGGAAAACAUACGCCACGCGUAUUACUCCAAAGAAAUCUAGCAGACUUUCAGGCCAAUCUGAUGACGCUUGGAGAUGCCUUGGAUGAUGGUGCCGCUAAAAGAACUCGUAAAGCUCUCUAUAUGCUUGAGCAUCUAUGCCAGUGGCCAAAUUCAUAUUACCAGGUUGGGGCUACAGAUUCUGGUGACUUCUCACCAUCAUGGUAUCCUUCCCUUAAUAUGCUGUUGACGAGUAAAGAAUAUGUCAGAGAGCCUCUGAGAAAAUUCUUUAGUGAUUUCAAACGAAAGGCGACAAAACAAUUUUGGACGCGACUAUCUGCUUCUUUAGAUGCUGCCGGCAUUCAAGAUUCAGAAUCUACUCUAAGAGGGCCUGGCCGUUCUGAGCUUCGGGAGCGAAGAAAUACAAUUGAGACAUGCCAAGAUAAGAAGGAUUUUAUUGAUAGCCUGCACAAAUCGCUCGCGAAGUACUGUCAAUGUCGCUGCGAGCCAGCGUGCGAUUUUAUGGCUGCGAACAUCCGUCUUAAUUGUAAUGAUAAAUCGCCACAUCGAACCGAUAAUAUUUCCAAGUUCAAUUUGUUGUUUCAGGAUCUCCACUCUAUUCAAAAUUCUCAAUCAAGUUGCUAUUGGCGAGACAUUGAAAUAUCUGUUUGUGUUGCUACGGCUACAACAAGAGUUACUAUUCAAGAGAACUCAGAUGAUAAGAAGCCAAUAGAAUAUGAUGAUCCUUCCGAGGAAAGUGAUGCUGAUGGCUCAUAUUACUCUACUAUUGAGAGCUUAGAGCUUUUAGACGAGCUCAAACUUUGCCAAAUUAUCACGGAAGCUCGAGAGAGUCAACUCCAAGUGCAAUUGAUCCAUUCAAAGGGCGAGCUGAGGCUGAAAAAAAAGUGCUUUCCAUUAAGACGCUUCUUAACUAACGUUCCAAGCACGCCUCUUGCCGAGCUCUUACAUUAUUCCAAAUUGACAGAUAGGAACAAAGCAAUUUUGUCGUACCUCUUAGUUGAAUCUGUUUGGCAAUAUUACGACUGCGGCUGGGAAAACUGGAGCACCGAGACUGUCCAAUUCAUGUCGCAACGAGCUAGACUGAAUGAUAGCUCGGAGGUCGUUUACGUCAACCAACCUUUCCUUCACGCCAAAUUCGACAAGAGAAUGAUAGAAGAAACCAUUAAUGGCCUUAAUACAGCGAAUAAAGGAAGUGUGAAAAGAGGGGAACUUGACAAAUCACAGCCAGCGGUCACACUGAGCAGUAAUUCAACAUUAUUCCAUAAAUAUCCAAAGCUUCUUGCCCUCGGUAUAAUGCUACUCGAGAUACAGCUCGGUCGCAAACUUGAAUCUUUCGAGACUCCUGAUAUCUAUGAGAAAGACCCCAGCAUUGCGCGGCAUCGCCUAGCGUCAGCUAUUCUUGAGGAUGAGUUUCUAUGGCCACCAGAGAAUGCAUGGAUAGUGAUCAAAGAGAUUAUUGAGAUGUGCAUUGAUAACAGAAAGGCAAAGGCAAUACUGAAAGGUGACACUCGAGAGGUCCGGCAAAAGAUCUAUGAACAGAUCGUGGUUCCGCUCCGUGUCUUUAUCUUAGAAGCCUGGAAGCAAAAAGACAUCGAAGAUGUUGAUCCUGUCACUAUUGAGAAGGCUUGGAAACCAAAAGGUAUUGAAGAUGUUAACCCUGUUAGGUUUGAGAAGGCAACCAUUUCUGGAAACGGCGUAGCCCAAGGCCGAUAUUGUAGAGACAACGAGGAAAGCCUCCUGGGUCAGCUCGUAAACUCUGGAAGCACCGCCAAGUCUCGAGACAAAUAUACCAUAGGAUGGGUUUGCGCGCUGCCAAAAGAGCAAACAGCAGCGAUAGCUAUGCUAGACGAAGUACAUCCCCAUCUUCAGACGCCUCGAAAUGACCCAAAUCAUUACACACUUGGGUCUAUUAGCGGGCACAAUGUUGUCAUUACCUGUCUACCUAAAGGACAGACCGGUACCAACUCCGCUGCGAUCGUUGCCACUCGGAUGAAUUCCACUUUCCCUCGUAUCAAACUUAGCUUAAUGGUCGGUAUUGGCGGCGGUAUGCCUCCCAAUGUUAGGCUUGGGGAUGUGGUGGUGAGCACUCCUAUCGGACAGUUUCCCGGCGUGGUCCAAUGGGACAUGGGAAAAUCGAAAGAAAAUAGCACAUUCGAGCGCACAGGGGCUCUCAAUAAUCCACCCACUUCAUUUCUUACGGCCCUGGCGAACCUGGAAACAUACCAUGAAAUGAAUGAGCCUCAAAUGUUUCAGUACCUCGAGCAAUUGCGAGUGAAAUGGCCCAAAUUAGCACCAAAGUACCUACGGUCAGGUUUACUCAAAGAUGUAUUGUUCGAAGCAAACUACAAUCAUGUCAACGGGAACUAUGCAGACGGCGAGGAUGAGGAAGGCGACCAAGGUAGUUGUAACCUCUGUGACAAGUCGAAGAUUGUGAAAAGAAAGCCUAGGGAUGCGCGCGUGCACUACGGUCUUAUCGCUUCGGGCAAUCAAGUCAUCAAGGAUGCCAUGUUUAGGGAUCAACUUAACAAGGAUCUUGGUGGUCAGGUUCUUUGUGUCGAAAUGGAAGCAGCAGGACUAAUGAACAAUUUUCCCUGCGUCGUUAUCCGAGGGAUCUGUGACUAUGCCGAUUCACACAAGAAUAAACAAUGGCAGGAACAUGCAGCUGCUGUAGCAGCGGCCUAUGCCAAGGAGCUCUUGCAAUAUGUGCAGCUAGAUGAUUAAAAGGAGAGUCUCUGGUAGAAGAGAUGAUUAGAAAUAUUCAUACUCCAUACUCACCGCUAGGCUAGAUUAGUUAAAAGGAAAUAGGCGUCUGAUAUUCUAC